GCCUCUCCAGCCAGUGCCUCGGCGCAUGCCUUGCCUUUUGUUCUGUUCCAAACUCGAUCUUGUGUGGUUAUGCUGAUCCUACUUUUGUCCAAAUCUGAAAUCCAAAUUCAGAUGGUAGUUUUUUUCUAAUGUUCAACUACGAUGAUUUUGAGUUUUGACCUCUUGUGAUUUCAUUUGACAGAGAAAUCUAAUAGUGAUUCCUACGUCUCUUCAUACUAAAUACAAACUAAGAACACUAAUUCCAUUUCUGACUCCUUCACUCCACGGCUCUAUUUGACUAUCAUAAAUGUAGUUGAUCAUUAGGAGCCAUAUCCAACACAGUUAUACUUUCUCACACCUUCAUCAUGUUGACACCAAAUCACCACCAUAGUCGCCUGCUGCUGCCCUUAUCAUUGUUGCUACUCGUUACAAUCCCGACCACCUGCGAUGCCUACAACUUCUCGGUCACCAACAAGGCCCCAGUAACCACGAUUGGAGGUUUACGUUACGCCAUAGAGAUCGGUGAAAGGUACAGCAAGAUUGUCAUGUCGCACAGUGCAAGUACCGUAUUGCAUGUGCUGGGCGUGCACGAUGGUGGCAAGCCUGUUAAGGACAUUAGCUUAACCAUUGAGGAAGACCUUGGUGAAGGGAGAUGGGCAUACGUCAGCGACAUCAGCAACAUCCACGUCAGCGGGAGCUACAUUGGCAGCUACAAGGGAAGGGACGUGAAGAAGGAAUUUGCAGGCUUGAUUUACCAUUGCAUGACGCUGGUGUUGCAGUGGAACGGCAAUGGCCAGGCUCCCGCCUGGUUGCUGACUGGGAUCGCGGAUUUCGUGAGGGCGAGAGCCCACUAUCCGGGGGAUAACUGGGUGAAUUUUGGGAAGGGAGACAAGUGGGACCAAGGGUACGACGUUACAACUGGUUUCUUGAUUUACUGCGAACUUCAGCACAGGAGGUUCGUGGCUAAGCUGAAUAAGAAGAUGAAGUAUGGAUAUAACGACGGCUUGUUCCUGGAGCUGACUGGGAAGAGCAUUGCCCAGCUUUGGAGUGAUUACAAGUCCACUUAUGGAAAUUUCUCUGGCCAAUGAACCAACUGAUGGAUCACAUUCAGUGUUUCUACCUACUGAUGGAUUGCAAAGCUUCUGGUUCGUUUUUAUUGAUAAAGUAGAAGUGUAACA